AUGCAUCAUCGCAUAUUAAUAAGCUUAUUUUCACUUGCGAGCGCAGUGACUGCACUCCCACGGGACCUCGACCUCCAAAUCCAAACAACCAGCGGCCCCAUCCACGGCAUCUACAACGACACCUCCUCCACAGUCCGCGCAUUCCUCGGAAUCUCAUACGCAGAGUCUCCAACGGGGAAUCACCGUUUCGCGCCCCCGCAACCAAAAUCAAAAUCCCCAUCCGAUUCUCCAAUCAAUGCAUCCGCAUUCACAGGACCUUGUCCGCAGGCAUACAGCCACGACAACCAGUCUAUCUGGAGUAUCCUGCCGUACGCGAUUUUUAAUCCGGCGCAGAUGACCGAGGAUUGUCUCUCAGUUAAUGUUUGGGCGCCGUCGGUGCAGCGCCUUCGUAAAGAGAAAAGUGGGAAGGCGGCUGUUCUGGUCUUUAUCCAUGGUGGUGCGUUUACUGGGGGGGCUGGGUCUGUGGGGUUUUAUGAUGGGGCGAAUCUGGUGAGGGAGCAGGAGGGGGUUAUUGUUGUUACGUUUAAUUAUCGGCUUAAUAUCUUUGGAUUUCCGAAUGCGCCUGGAUUGGAGUUGGCGGAGCAGAACGUUGGGCUGUUGGAUCAGCGACUGGCGAUCGAAUGGGUUUAUAACAAUAUCGCCAAUUUCGGUGGUGACCCGGACCGCAUCCUCCUCUUCGGACAGUCUGCUGGUGCUGCUUCAGUUGAUACUUAUUCAUAUGCUUACCCAGAAGACCCCCUAGUCAGUGCCCUCGUACUUGAAUCAGGCACCAGCGCCAUUAUAGAAAAUACGGACACUGCGCACCGCAACUGGAACCAGCUUUCUACCGAUCUUGGAUGCGGUUCUGGAGCAGCGUCCCUUUCGUGUAUAAGGGAGGUCCCAUUCGAGGAUAUUAUUGAUGCAAUGACAGAAGGGGGAUACAGCUUCACGCCAGUCUUCGACAAUAGGACAUUCUUCUCUGAUUAUGCUGACAGGGCGAAGCGCGGAAAGCAGGCACACCUCCCAACCCUCGGAGGAAUAAACGCGCGAGAGUGGUCGGCCGUAAUACCGCUGAACCAGUCCUCCAUCAACGAGACCCAGAUGUUCGACACCGUGUAUAAUAGCUUCAGCUGUCCUCUUCGAGAGGCUGUUGACCUCCGACUCCAGCAGCACAUUCCAACGUGGAGGUACGUCUACCACGGUAACUUCACAAACCUCAGCCCAACGCCCUGGCUGGGCGCAUACCAUACUUCUGAGGUGCCGAUUCUGUUCGGGACGUAUAACUUGACACACCUGCAACCCCGCCCUGGAGCGAACGAGAUCGCUGUCAGUAAAUAUAUUCAAGGUGCCUGGGUUGCUUUUGCAAAAGACCCGCAACAUGGCCUUAGUCGGUACGGGUGGCCGCAGUUCAGGUUUAAUGGUUAG